CUCCUCCUCGCAACGCCCUCACCUUGGGGCCCCGAAGAAAGAUUUCCACAUGUCUUUCCUUAGGCACCGCUUCGGCGGCGCCAAAGCAGAGGACGACUCGACGCCCGACCUCUCUCGCGAACCCUCCCCGGGACCUGACGGCAAGCGACCAGCCAACAUACGUCUGAUUACCGCCGAACAGCUGGCAACGCUGAAGCAAAACAGCAGACACAAGAAGAGGAGAAACUUUUGGGUCUUCAGUCUGGGCGGCAUCUUCGGACUGCUGCUUGCAGGCUUUUUUGCGAGCAACAAUGACAUGAUUGACCUGACGGGCCUGGGCGAGGUCAAUCUGGAGAGCAUCAUGGACGCGCUACCGGACAACUUUGUGAAGAGCGUACAGCAGUUGCAGAAAACCGAACGAGACGCUGUAAACUACGAUUCCUUCGCCGUCGGCCUCCAUGCGCAGAAGCAGGGCAUUAAGGCCAAGCAUCCCGUUAUUAUGAUACCCGGUGUCAUUUCCACGGGCCUCGAGUCCUGGGGCACAGAGGAGACUUCACGACAGUACUUCCGCAAGAGACUGUGGGGCUCAUGGUCCAUGAUGCGCGCAUUGGUGCUCGACAAGGCGCAAUGGAAGCGACACAUCAUGCUGGACAAAGACACAGGUCUCGACCCUCCCGGCGUCAAGCUCCGCGCAGCACAAGGAUUCGAUGCGGCAGACUUCUUCAUAACAGGGUACUGGAUCUGGAACAAGAUUCUCGAGAACCUCGCCACGAUAGGAUAUGAUCCCGGAAACGCCUUUACCGCAGCUUACGACUGGCGCAUGUCGUACAUGAACUACGAGAUCCGCGAUCAGUACUUUACCCGGCUCAAGUCGCACAUUGAAGUCGCCGUCCGCGUAUCCAACAAGAAGGUCGUCCUUCUCUCUCACUCCAUGGGCUCACAGGUCCUAUACUACUUCCUCCAUUGGGUCGAGGCCAAGGGCUAUGGCGGCGGCGGUCCAGGCUGGGUAGACGCCUACAUUGACUCGUGGAUCAACAUCUCGGGCUGCAUGCUUGGAGCGAUUAAAGACGUGCCCGCCAUACUCUCGGGCGAAAUGAAAGACACAGCCCAACUCAACGCCUUUGCCGUCUACGGCCUCGAGCGGUUCCUCUCCCGCUACGAGCGCGCCGAGCUCUUCCGCGCCAUGCCCGGCCUCUCCGCUAUGCUCCCCCUCGGCGGCAACGCCGUCUGGGGCGACGAAACCGGAGCCCCCGACGACGCACCCGGCCAAAAAGACACCUACGGCAACUUCCUCCGCUUCCGCAACUCCAACUCGUCCUUCACACAGAAAAACAUCACCGUCGACGCCAAUCUCCCCUUUCUCUUCAAAAACACCGAGCCCUGGUACAAAAACAUGGUCCAAACCUCGUAUUCCCACGGCGUAGCACACACCACCAAGCAAGUCGAAGACAACCAACUUCUCCCCGCGAAAUGGGUCAAUCCCCUCGAAACCCGGCUCCCGCUCGCACCGAACCUCAAAAUCUACUGCUUCUACGGCAUCGGCAAAGAUACCGAGCGCGCGUAUUAUUACCGCAGCGAUGAUGACCCCACCAGCGGCCUCAACGUUACCCUUGAUACCAUGUAUACGGAUGGUACGACCGUUGACCACGGCGUCGUCAUGGGCGAGGGCGACGGCACAGUCAAUCUACUCAGCAGCGGCUACAUGUGUACCAAAGGCUGGAAGAUCAAACGGUACAAUCCCGCCGGCGUCAAAGUCACCACCUUUGAAAUGAAACAUGAGCCUGAUCGCUUCAGUCCGAGAGGUGGUCCGAAUACCGCCGACCACGUCGAUAUCCUCGGCCGCAUGUCCCUCAACGACUUGAUUCUCCAGGUUGCCGGCGGCAGGGGCGAGUUGAUCCAGGAUACCAUUCAUUCCAAUAUCCGCGAGUAUGCCGAAAAGGUCAAGAUUUAUGAAGAGGAAGAUGCGCGUGCGUAGGCAGCGUGUGUGUGCGAUGUGCGAUGUGUGAUGUGUAUGAUGUGUGGGUAGGUGCGUGCGUGCGUGCGUGUAUAGAACCAGGGGGGCGCGGCUUUCUCUUUCCCCCCCCUUGUGUCGUGAUAGAAAUACGACAUAGAAUCAGAGAUGUGGGCUGCGUAUGCGACUCGAUGUAUGCGUGGAUGGAUGGGUACAUAGGUGGGUAGGUGGGAGGGAGGCUGACUUGAAGAGCAUGAUACCAUAGACCAAUAAUUCACUUUGUACUUUUUUUU